ACAACGUCCCUCAGAGAAAAGUUGGUGCUGCGCCUCUUCGGAGGAAAAGACGCUAGUCUCUUGGUCUAGGGUCUGCCUUUGCUGAGAACUUGUCUGAGCAGGCAAGCGAAAGAGGAGAUGCCGGACGGCUGCUGCCACACCGACUGCGUGGAGCGACCCCUGUCGCGCGCGCUCGGAGCCCUCGGCGCCUUGGUGGGCGCCCACCCGUGGCCCUUCCUGCUGGUGCCGUUGGUGCUCUCGGGCGCUCUGGGCACCGGCUUCAUGUUCCUCUCCAAAAACGAAGACAACAACCCGGGCAUCCUGGACUCCUUGAACCUCAGCUCCGUCCGGGUGGCCUAUUUCACUUCAUUGUCCAGACAAGAGGAGUUUGAAAAAAAUGCCAAGGAAGUGAUCCCUUUAUUUUCCAUCGCAUAUACCUUAACAAUAUUCUUUUCAAUUAUGUCAUGCUCAAGGCUAGACUCUGUACGAACAAAUGUGUGGGUUGCAGCUUUUGGGGUGCUGUCAUCAGGCCUAUCAGUUGUCAGCAGCUUUGGAUUAUUAAUGUUUUGUGGGGUGCCAUUUGUUGUCACAGCUGCAAAUGCACCAUUUCUUAUACUUGGAGUUGGAAUUGACGACAUGUUCAUCAUGGUGUCCUGCUGGCAGCAUACCAAAGUGGAAGACAGAGUCCAAGAUCGGAUGGGUGACACUUACGCAGAGGCAGCUGUGUCUAUUACUAUCACAACUCUCACUGAUGUUUUAGCUUUCUACGUUGGAAUUGCAACUUCUUUCCAGUCCGUUCAGUCAUUUUGCCUCUACACAGGGACUGCUUUCAUCUUCUGCUACAUAUACAACCUGACGUUUCUCGGGGCUAUUCUUGCUUUGAAUGGAAGAAGAGAAGAAAGCAACAGGCACUGGCUCACUUUCAUGAAAGUGAAACAGGAGAGUGAGGAUGCUCAGGGCUGUCUGUAUAAUGCUUGCUGUGUGGGGGGAUUUUUUGAUAAGUCCACUGGAACAGAGAUUGAGCAUCCCAUGAAUGGAUUCUUUAGAGAGCAUUAUGGCCCUUUCCUCAUGCACAACUGGACCAAAGUGUGUGUGGUAUUCUUGUAUCUUGUAUAUCUUGGUAGUAGCAUUUAUGGGUGCAUUCAAGUGAGAGAAGGUAUAGAUCUUCGCAAUCUAGCUAGUGAUAAUUCUUACGUAAUUCCAUAUUAUGAUUGGGAAAGGGAAUAUUUUUCUGAGUAUGGUCCAAGGGUUAUGGUCAUUGUUACUGAAAGCCUACCAUAUUGGAAUUCAUCUGUCCGUGCAGAUCUUGAAAACUGUCUGGAAACUUUAGAAAACUCUUCCUAUGUGAACAAAAAUUAUUCAGAAUCAUGGUUGAGAAUUUAUGAAACUCUUGCUAAACACAUGGCUUUAAAUAUAAAUGACCACAGCAUUUUCACUGGCAAUUUAACUCUUCUGUUUACAGUAAAUCCAGCAUCCAAGUGGGAUAUUAAUAUUAGUGGUACAGAAAUAUCAGCCUCACGGUUCUUCAUACAGACAGUCAAUGUUUCUAGUGCAGUGGAUGAGAAAAAUCUCUUAAAUCAACUGAGAGGCCUUGCUGAAGACUGCAAGGUACCACUAAUGGUCUAUCAUCCAGCUUUUAUAUACUUUGAUCAGUAUCUAGUAAUAAUCCAGAAUACUAUUCAAAAUGUUGCAAUAGCUACAGGAGCCAUGCUGCUUAUUUCCUUGCUGCUCAUUCCCAGUCCUCUCUGCUCACUGUGGGUAACUUUUGCCAUUGCAUCUGUUAUUGUGGGUGUAACCGGUUUCAUGGCCUAUUGGGAUGUCAGUCUUGAUUCCAUAUCCAUGAUCAACCUGGUUAUUUGCAUUGGGUUUUCUGUAGACUUUUCUGCUCAUAUUUCUUAUUCCUUUGUGUCCAGUGAGAAAUUCAAAGUGAAUGAUAAGGCAGUGGAGGCCCUGUAUCAUCUUGGUUACCCUGUUGUACAGGGUGCUGUUUCUACCAUCCUGGGAGUGGUUGUGCUGUCUAUGGCAUCCACAUACAUCUUCAGAACUUUUUUCAAGAUCAUGUUACUAGUUAUUUUGUUGGGAAUUGCCCAUGGUCUCAUUUUUAUUCCUGUUUUUUUAACAUUCUUUGGCUUUUGCAGUAGAUCACAAAAAAGACAGCAUCACAGCAAUGGUUACUGCUUUGAAAAUUCACCCAGUACUGCAGGAGCUGUUUUUUUAAAAAGAAAAUACUAGGAAACUGCCUAAUGUAAGAUAAACAACUACCUCUACCAGGGAACCCCAAUAGGUGAUAAAGACUUUCUGAUGAUACAGCAUGCAAAUCAUAAGGAGCAUGUUCAGCCCUAACUUAUAUGCCAUGUCCUUAAUUUUUCUGAAAUGGAAAUGUGCUGUUUUAUAUCACUUUGUAUCAUAAAGUUAUACUGUUUAAGUUGUAACAAGUAUUUUCCUGUUCUCUUAGAGCAUGCUCAUCUGCUCAUGUGACUUUGCUCAGUGUUACUGUAGAUUGGGUUAUAGGCUUUUAAUUAGUUGUCUGAA